UAGUUGUGGGCAGGCAAUCAAGCGAGUACCAUGGACCGCUUUUCGUACAAAGUGUGGGUGCCAAUCACAGUGGUGAUUGCCAUCACCUUGUCGAUGCAUCAUCGCUCCUAUGAUGCCGUGACGGGUGCUGUGGAACAGUUGAUGAACCAAGAUAUCUUUGCACCAACACGCAUGGACGAUUCUGCCUUGCCAUCAUCCCAUGAGCCCAACAAGAUUGACAAGCCACUCAAUGUGGUUGUUAUGUAUGGUGAUGAUUGGAGGCAUGAUGCGAUUGGCGUUGCUGGAACUCUGCCCGUGGAAACUCCCUUUAUCGAUUGGUUGUCUCGCAACAAGGGGAUGCGCUUCACGCACAAUUGUGUCACAUCUUCCAUUUGUUGGAUCAGCCGAGCUACGCUUCAUUCCGGCAAGUACUUUUCUCGACACAAAGCGGAAGAACCGGCAUCGGAAGACUGGUACAAGGACUUUCAUCAAGCAUUUCCGGCAUUACUCAAAAAUGCGGGGUAUUAUGUGGCACAUAUUGGAAAGUGGCACACUUGGAACAGCGGUAUCAUCCAAAAGUACUACCAUCACUGGCAGGAAUACUAUGGACGCCAUUGGUAUCCUGGAAAUCCCCACCCAAUCCACGCCACUACGAGAAACCAAGAAGAUGCCGUUGCCUUUUUGAAAGACAGACCCAAAAAAUUCGCCGACAAACCAUUCUUUCUCCUCACGGCAUUUUUUGCACCACAUUCGUGGGAUGGGAAUCCGGAACAGUUUCUACCGCAGAAUGAAACCUUUCAUGUUUACAAAAAUCUAACACUCAAAGAACCCUAUGACAUGGCAUCCUCGUUCAAACGACUCCCUCCUCUGUUUACCGAACGAAAUGAAGCACGCAACCGAUGGCGGCAUCGAUUCGAUGAACCCACAAAAUACGACAAAAUGCUCAAAAACUACUUUCGACUCAUUACUGGUGUUGAUACGGCUUGCAAAGCCGUCUGGGAUGAACUAGAUCGACAGGGAAUCUUGAAUGAGACCAUUUUCAUUUUCACUACGGAUAAUGGGUUCUACCAUGGGGAACACGGUCUCGCUGGUAAAUGGUACCCACAUGAAGAGAGCAUCCGCGUGCCGCUCGUGAUUUGGGAUCCACGCAUGCCCGACAGUUUGCGUGGCACCACAGACGAUUCCUUUACUUUGAAUGUGGACUUGGCUCCAACCAUUCUAGGUGCUGCCAAUAUCACACCUCCAAAAGUCAUGCAAGGAAGAGACAUUUCGGAUCUCUACUUGAGACCCCAUUCUCCUCCUUGGAGAAAAGAGUUCUUUUAUGAACACCCAGUACACUUGCACAAAGAGAUCAUCCCUGCAUCUACGGCCUUGGUGCGAAAGGAACUGAAGUACAUUGACUGGCCAGGCUGGGAUACAGAACAACUCUUCAAUUUGACCAAUGAUCCCCUUGAACAAACCGAUGAAAUCAACAAUCCGAUCUAUGCUAACAUCCUGAAAGAAAUGAGAGCAAGACACAGUGUCCUUCGCGAGUGGGUCAAGUAG